GCCCCUUACGUGGCGACGCCGCCGCCGCUUCCUCCGUAGACAACCGAGCGGCUCGCGGACCGGGAGGCGGCCGAGCUGUGGCUGGAGCAGUUGCGGUCGCCGUCUCCCUGGCCCUGUGAGGACGGGAGGUCGGUGACUGGCGGGGGCUGCUAUGGUGCUGAGUUCUCCCGUAGAGCCGACCGAGGAGAGGCGGUUGCGGCCAUGAAGGCGGGUGCCACAUCUAUGUGGGCUUCGUGCUGUGGGUUGCUGAAUGAAGUCAUGGGGACUGGAGCGGUGAGAGGACAACAGUCUGGCUUUGGGGGAGGUACCGGCCCAUUCAGAUUUGCACCAAACACUGACUUUUCCACAUACCCACCAGCAGCUACAGGAGGAGCUAAUAUAGUUUGCAAAGCCUGUGGACUUUCAUUUUCAGUUUUUAGAAAAAAGCAUGUAUGUUGUGACUGCAAGAAGGAUUUUUGUUCUGUCUGUUCAGUCAUACAAGAAAAUUUCCGAAGAUGUUGUACUUGUCACUUGUUACAAGAAACUGCCUUUCAGCGCCCUCAGUUAAUGCGACUAAAAGUCAAAGAUCUGAGGCAGUAUCUCAUUCUUCGAAAUAUACCAAUAGACACUUGCCGAGAGAAAGCAGACUUGGUUGAUCUUGUACUGUGCCAUCAUGGAUUGGGCUCAGAGGAAGACAUGGACACGCACAGCCUGAAUUCUUCAAGGUCACAGACUUCGGGCUUUUUUACACAUCCUUUUUUUUCAACAUACCCAGUUCCUUCUCCAACAGUGUCUUCAUCGCAGGGAGACCUCGCAAGCCAAAGAGGAAACUCAGUCCCUGCAGCACUUUCACAGGGACAAGGUGAAACGCCCUCAACCAACACAGAAGAUGAUGAAGAAAAUGCCGAAGAGACCCCUGGACUCUCGAGAAAGCGGAUGAGAGCUUCAUUGUCUGAUCUGUCAAGUCUUGAAGAUGUCGAAGGGAUGAGUGUCCGACAAUUGAAGGAAAUCCUUGCUCGGAAUUUUGUCAACUAUUCUGGCUGUUGUGAAAAGUGGGAGCUGGUAGAAAGAGUGAACAGACUAUACAAAGAAAAUGAGGAAAAUCAAAAAUCAUAUGGAGAUAAGAUGCAGCUCAACGAUGAAGAAGACGACAACCUCUGCCGGAUCUGCAUGGAUGCCGUCAUUGAUUGUGUUCUUCUGGAAUGUGGCCACAUGGUCACCUGCACCAAAUGUGGCAAGCGCAUGAGCGAGUGUCCCAUCUGCCGUCAGUACGUGGUUCGAGCUGUGCAUGUGUUUAAAUCCUAGAACGCCUCCUAUUCAGCCCCAUGGUUUUAUUUCAAAAGCAUUUCAGUAAGCAGACAGGAUUUGAAACCAUUACUGUUCAAAGGCUGGACUUUUUUGUUUUGUUUGUUUUGGUUUUUUUCUUUUAAUUUCAUUACGAAUUGUGGAAUCUUGCUCAGUUUAAUGUGGAAACACUUUCUCUGUGACAUUUCCUUUGGCAAUCUGGGAGGGAGUUUAGGGGUGUAGAAGGAUGCCAGGACCUUCCCAUUGACGAGAGUUUCCAGCUUUCAGUUUUCCUGUUGCUCUCUUCUUAGCAAUACUGCCCCAUUGCCUCGACAUUAUUUUUAACUGCUGCCCCCUUUCAACAAGAUCAGUGUCAGUAAGCGGAGCACACCGUGCAUUCUAAGCAGUGGUCAUGAAGAUUAUUUACCCUUUUAGUCGAGUGUGUUUAAAAUGCUAAUUGAUAAAUGUAAGUUUCCACAUUGUUGCUCUUCUAGUGUUUAAAUUCAAUAUAAUUGGAGACAAAUGAGUCUACAUAGAAAACUGCCAGCUCCUUAGAAUAAACAUGUCAAUUUAUGUUCUGAUUAAGCAUUUCCUACCAAUGGCUGCAUUUGUCAUUACAGAAGUUUGUAUGUUAAGGAAUUUUUUUUUUUUUUUAGCCUGUAACAUCAUUUUACAUUCUUGUAUAGUAAAGGUGUUUUUGUUUGUUUUCCCCUCAGUGCUAUCCUGCUAACUCAUUUCAAGUUUAGGAAUAAAUUGCAAAUUUAUAAACAAGUCUUCACAGA